AUGAGUUCUUCGGCGCUCCCAGUCGCCCUGCAGAAUAAACUGCUCGGCUAUAGUCGAGCGUCCAGCGCCCAUUUAUCUGCCUUAAACUUGGACAUUAUUCGCAACAUUGUAUUCAUAUUGUUUAUCCUCCGUUAUGUGCGCAAAGCCUUUUACUCCCUCCGCGGUUACGGUAUCUUCGGAAGCAUUCGCAAUGCUUAUCUCGCCGUUCGCCUCUUCAUCGUCUCCACCUUCCUGCGCUUGCCCGGCGUUCGCGGCAAGAUCGAUAAAGAGGUAUCGACUGCUAUCGUUGACCUUCAGAAAAAGCUUGUCCCCAGUGGUCCAGACGUGAAUCGCUACCUGUCGCUUCCGAAGGAAGGUUGGACUCCGGAUAAAGUCCGCGAAGAGCUCGGGAAACUGGCCGACUUGAAACAUAAGCGCUGGGAAGAUGGCCGGGUCAGCGGCGCAGUCUAUCAUGGAGGUGAGGAUCUUCUGAAACUACAGGCUGAGGCAUUUGGUAAAUUUGGCGUCACCAAUCCGAUCCAUCCGGAUGUUUUCCCGGGAGUUCGGAAGAUGGAGGCAGAGGUUGUUGCUAUGGUUCUGAACAUGUUCAAUGCUCCCUCCGAUGGUGCUGGUGUUAGCACAAGCGGUGGUACAGAAUCAAUCCUUAUGGCUUGCUUGGCUGCCCGGCAAAAGGGACUGCUAGAGCGUGGCAUCAAUGAGCCAGAGAUGAUCAUCCCUGAUACAGCCCAUGCAGCUUUCAUCAAGGCGUGCAGCUACUUCAAGAUCAAGCUUCACCGAGUUCCUUGCCCUGAGCCUGAGUUCAAGGUUGACGUCAAUGCUGUCCGUCGCUUGAUCAACCCUAACACCGUCCUUCUCGUUGGAUCCGCUCCCAACUACCCCCACGGAAUUGUUGAUGACAUCCCUGCUCUAUCUCGCCUGGCAACCAAGUAUAAGAUUCCUCUCCACGUUGACUGCUGCUUGGGAUCAUUCGUUGUUGCUCUUCUCAAGAAGGCUGGCUUCCCCUCUCCAUAUGAGGAAGAAGGUGGCUUCGAUUUCCGCCAGCCUGGUGUUACUAGCAUCAGUGUGGACACUCACAAAUACGGCUUCGCGCCCAAGGGUAACUCCACUCUGUUGUACCGCAACUCGGCCUACCGAAGCUAUCAGUACUUUGUUUACCCCGACUGGUCUGGUGGUGUCUAUGCCUCGCCUUCGAUUGCUGGCUCCCGGCCCGGCGCUCUUAUCGCUGGCUGCUGGGCUAGUAUGAUGAGCGUCGGUGAAGCGGGUUAUAUCAACAGCUGUACAGAGAUUGUGAACGCCACGCGCAAGUUCGAGGCUGCUAUUCGCGAACAUCCCGUCAUCUCAGCACAUAUGGAGGUCGUGGGCAACCCGAUUGUCAGUGUUAUUGCUUACCGCAGCAAGAACGGUGCCAUCGAUAUCUACGACAUUGCCGAUGAUCUCUCCGCCAAGGGAUGGCAUUUAAGUGCUCUGCAGUCACCACCGGCUAUGCAUUGCGCAUUCACUAUCCCUACUGCGAAGGCUGUUGACCAGCUGAUUACUGAUCUGACCGAGGUCAUUGGGAAGGAGCUUGAGAAGGCCGAGGAGCGCCGCAGACAAGGCAAGUCGUAUAUCCUGCAGCGCGGCGAUACAUCUACACUGUACGGAGUUGCUGGCAGUAUCCCAGAUAAGAGUGUCAUCAGUCGUCUGGCAGUAGGCUUCCUCGACACGCUUUACAAGGCUUAA